AUGGGGAAGGUGGGUUUCAGCCUGAAGCGCAGGUUCACCAAGCGGCACUUGUCUCAGGGUCGCUGCAUGCUGCCCAAUCCCAAACUGCGUGCCCUGGCGACGGCACUGUCCCCAGGCUUCCUGAGGUUUGGUGGCACUGAGACAGAUUUUCUCAUCUUUGAUCCCAACAAGGAUUCAACUUCAGAAGAAAAAAUCCUCUGGCAACUUCAGGCCCAGCAAGGUAAAAUGGACAUCAGCGUGUUAGACUCAAAACCACCCUGGGUUUAGGAGAAGCUGCUGCUGGCCCAGUGGCCCAGCCAGGAGAAGCUGAUUCUUGCAGAGCAUAACCGGAAAAAGCACAAAAACACCACCAUUACAAGAAAUACGCUGGAUAUUCUCUACAGCUUUGCAAACUGCUCAGGGUUUCACCUGGUCUUUGGGCUCAAUGCCUUGCUGCGGAAAAAUGGCUUGCAGUGGGACAGCUCAAAUGCCCGGGCACUGCUGGACUACUGCGCCUCACGGAGGUACAACAUCUCCUGGGAGCUCGGGAAUGAGCCAAACAGCUUCAGGAAGAAAUCUGGCAUCUACAUCGAUGGCUUCCAGCUGGGGCAAGAUUUUGUUCACUUACGCCAACUUCUGAGUGACUAUACCCUCUACCGGCACGCGAAGCUCUAUGGUCCUGACAUCGGGCAGCCCCGAAAGCACACGCAGAGACUGCUGAGAAGUUUCCUGAAAUCAGGAGGGAAGGUGAUCGACGCUGUCACGUGGCACCAUUACUAUGUGAAUGGAAGAAGUGCAACGAGGGAGGAUUUCUUGAGCCCUGAAGUGCUGGAUACCUUUGCCACAGCUGUACAUGAAGUCCUGGAGAUUGUUGAUGGGACCGUGCCCAACAAGAAGGUCUGGCUAGGAGAGACGAGUUCUGCCUAUGGAGGUGGAGCUCCCAGGCUGUCCAACACUUAUGUUGCUGGUUUUAUGUGGUUGGACAAACUUGGGCUUUCAGCCAGGCAGGGGAUUGAUGUGGUGAUGAGACAGGUUUUCUUCGGGGCAGGGACCUAUCACCUGGUGGAUGCCAACUUUGAGCCUUUGCCGGACUACUGGCUCUCGCUGCUCUACAAGAAGCUAGUGGGAACCAAGGUGCUGCAGGUCGGCCUGGAGGGAGCCGACGAGAGGAAGCUCCGCGUCUACCUCCACUGCACCAACACCCUCCACCCGAAGUACACAGAAGGGGAUGUGACGCUGUUUGCCUUAAACCUCUACAACAUUACCCAACAUUUCCAGCUACCGAAUUACUUAUCGAGCAAGCACGUGGAUCAGUACCUCUUACUGCCUCAUGGCAAAGAGACUAUACUUUCUAGGUCUAUUGAGCUGAACGGCCGUGUGCUACAGAUGGUGGACGACAAAACGCUGCCAGAGCUUAUCGAAAAACCCCUUGGUCCCGGCAGCAUAUUCGGCCUUCCAGCCUUCUCUUACGGCUUUUAUGUUAUCAAAAACGCCAAAGCUAUUGCUUGCAUUUAA